AAGAAAAAAAACUUCAUGCAAUUUAAUAAUGAGCAGCGGUUUAUGAGAACUACUCCACUGAGUGAGAUCAAACCUCACAACCCACAGCCACCACAGGAUGAAUUUCAUCCAUUCAUCGAGGCGCUUCUUCCACAUGUCCGUGCGUUUGCUUACACGUGGUUCAACCUACAAGCCCGGAAACGAAAGUACUUUAAGAAGCAUGAAAAGCGGAUGACAAAGGACGAAGAGAGAGCAGUGAAAGAUGAGUUACUGAGUGAGAAAGCAGAGGUAAAACAGAAGUGGGCAUCGAGACUGCUUGCCAAACUGCGCAAGGACAUCCGUCCUGAGUAUCGUGAGGAUUUCGUGCUGACCAUCACAGGGAAGAAGCCUCCAUGUUGUGUUCUCUCCAAUCCGGACCAGAAAGGCAAAAUAAGACGCAUCGAUUGUUUACGGCAAGCAGAUAAAGUUUGGAGGUUGGAUCUAGUGAUGGUGAUCCUGUUUAAAGGGAUACCUUUGGAAAGUACUGAUGGAGAACGUCUGGUGAAGUCCCAACAGUGUAAUAACCCCAUGCUGUGUGUGCAGCCCCAUCACAUAAGUGUUUCAGUUAAGGAACUUGAUUUAUACUUGGCAUACUUUGUGCAAGAAAGAGAACCAGAGCAGACUGGCAGCCCAAGGCCUGCUAUUGGCUCUGAAGCUGAUGAUAGCAAGACAGGAACAAUUGAACACACAGAAUUUCAGGACAGCUUUGUGACUUCUGGUGUCUUCAAUGUAAAUGAGCUAGUGCAGGUAUCCAGAACUCCCAUUGUGACAGGAACAGGGCCGAACUUCUCUCUUGGAGAAUUACAAGGUCACUUGGCCUAUGAUUUGAAUCCACCAAGUGCAGGGAUGAGGAGAACUUUGCCAAGUAGCUCAUCGAGCGGAAGUAAAAGACACAAAUCUGGUUCAAUGGAAGAUGAUAUUGACACUAGUCCAGGUGGGGAGUUUUACCCUUCACCAAGCUCACCUGCAAGCAGCAGUAGGAACUGGCAGGAGGAAAUGGAAGGAGGUAUCUCCCCUACAGUGAAGAAGACUGAGAUGGACAAAUCUCCAUUUAAUAGCCCAUCUCCACAAGACUCCUCUUCACGAUUGAGUAGCUUCACACAGCACCACCGUCCUGUGAUUGCUGUCCACAGCGGUCUUACAUCACGAAGUCCGCAUGCCUCUUCAUCUUUGCAUUUUCCAACAACCUCCAUCCUUCCCCAGAGUGCUUCAGGUUACUUCCCUCACACAACAAUUCGGUUCCCACCACAUCUCAAUCCACCAGACCCUCUUAAGGAUCUGGUCUCACUUGCCUGUGACUCAUCCAAUCAGCAACCAGGCCCGCCUGGGAGGGAGGGCGAGCGAGCCACGGACUUCUCCAUGACUUCAGUGACAAUGCCACUUCGUGCUCAAAUGAGAGGACGCAUGCUUCCUGCGGAGCGAGACACCCUGUGUCAGUUGUUCUACUCCCCAGGCCCUGGGGAGUGUUAUCCUCACGUGAAGUUGAAUGGCAGUGGUCAAGUGGUAAGCAAAGUCCCAAGCCACUACAUUUCUACACAGAUGCUGGCGCCGCCACCUCCCCCAUCCAUGGCCAGAUCAGUAACAUUGGCAAUGCCACCAGACACCAAAACAACCACAACAACCACAGAGGGUGGAGCAACAUCGCCAACAUCACCCACCUACACGACACCUGGCACACCCCCAGCUAAUCGUUCCUUUGUGGGAAUAGGACCAAGAGAUCCUGGCAGCCUUUAUCAGCCACAGUCCUGGUAUCUGGGAUAGUUGAAGUUCCCUUUCAAGUAUUACAGAAGCUAUUUAAUCAUGUUUCAAGAAACAUGGUCGAGCGUCAACUUUGGUUUCAAGUUUAAAACAGAGAGAAACAAGGGAGAAGACUAUUUAUCAACUCGCCUUUAAAAGAAAAUGAAAAGUCAGAAACACUAUCAUCCUACCAACAUGUUCCGAAGAUGGGUGCAAUUCACUUCUUCCAUUGGCUGAAGCUUAGCCUGAGGUUUCCCCAUCUGUUUUAUGCAAAUAAGCCUUUAUACUUCUUAAAAAAAAAUUUCAGAACAAAGUUUACUAAAUCUGCUUUUGAAAGGGUGGGAAAAUUCAUCUUCAUUAGUCGAACAUAAUUUAAAGUUACAUUAUGGUUUUCUUUUGAUUUCUCCUUUUUAAAGAGUAAAGGAAGCAUUACUUACACGAAGGAUGGAUGCGCAGUGUUGUGCAUAAUCAUUUAGAAGCCAUCCAAACUUAGUCUUCAAGUGCUGAAAUGCACAGAAUGAGUAUAGCUGUGCAUUGGAAUACCUGAGGUCAAUUAAAAGUUAUCACAGUUUAGGACAAUUCUUCACAUUUAUUGAAAUCAUUCUUGAUUGUAACAAUGUGCACAGUUUUUGUUUACUAACUUCAUUGCAAAGUUCUAAACAUCAUAAAAACAUGCACUAAUGAAGCCUACACAUUGGAGACCAUCACUUCAAUAUGGCUAAUUCAUUAGCUUAGCGUCAAGUUAUAUUCCUUGUUUCUGUUUCAGACAUUUGGGCAGGCUAAACAUAAGAAAGAAUAUUUUUCUACUACACAAAUAAAUGUGUUUAAUGCAUUGGUAAAAAAAAAUCAAACAAUUGUUCGGACUGGUAGACAGCUCCUUGGUACCAACAUUGCAGUUCAAAUUAACCAGGGUUAUAUUUCCCCAGUCUCAACCUGUCAAUUACUGGGAACAUCAUGAAGCAAAUUCUCUUCCAUUGCUUAUAAACUAAAGAAGAUACUAAAUAUAUUCGGUGUUAGAAACAUCCUGCACCACAGGUUGGUCAGUGAAUGAUUUAAUUUACCUAAAACUUUAAACACAUUUUCAGAAUUAUUUAACCACAGCAUACCAUAAAGCAAACCAUUCAGUAACAUCGCUUACUAUUUCUCAAUUACAAUUUUCCCACCCUACUUAGUUUUUGCAUGUAGCUAAGAGCACAGAUGAAGAUGCUCAUCUACCAGAGCAGUAGAUUUAUUGGUUUUAGUUAUUAUCGCUUCUUCACUAGUGCAUGACAUAGACCAGAAAAUACAUACCUAGCUUUUGGUGAUAAUGUUGGGAGGCAAAGGGUGGCUGCAGAUUGAGUGUGGGGAAGUUCUUCAUACGCAAUGCAAGUGCAAGGCCUCACGCUACCAUACAUACUUUACCUUUCCCUCCUGGCUACAGGUUGCAUUUAUUUUCACAAUUAAACAUACAAAUAGCUGCAAACUCAGAGUAUCUUUAGCUUAGUGGAAUACAUUUUGGGAGCAGGGUAGAAAAUUGUUUCAAGAUCAAUAUUUUUGUGUAUUUUUUAAUUGUAAAGUUAAACACAAUGUGUUUAGACACCCCCCCCCCCCCCCCCCUCCCCACCCCAGGUAAUUACACCUUUCUGCCAGUAGCUUAUUUUACAAAAGAACAGCAGCAGAAUUGAACAAGGUCUAACUUGGUUUCAAAAAGAUUCUUGGGAAGGUAACGUCCAAUCAAUAGUCAACUUUAAAUUGGGGAAAUAAAGAUAGUGGUGGUUUUUAAAGGAACAGGUUAACUGCCUGUUUAAGCAGAGACAAAAAAAAAUCUUUUGUAAAGAUUUAAGAGGCAAGUGCAAUUGAAAGGAAGCAAAUUUGUAUCUUAGUGAUUCUUUGUAACUUGUCCUUGUACCCCAGGACUGUAAACAGGGGAAAAUUGUCGCCAGGCGACUGUGGCACAAAAGUGCACCCUAACCCCCCCUCCCCCACCCACCUUUCACAGGUGAACACAAAUGCCUUAGUCAGUAUGUUACUUGUUAUUUUAUUUUUUUAACCAGAGGGUAGCCAGCUGCACUCUUAUAAAAUUAAAAAGACAGCACUUGUGCACAUAAUAUCAUUCGUUAAACUGACACAUAUCAAAAGCAAUAUUUGGCAUAAUUUAGUUUUGUUCACAACUGAAUGCUUUUGACAAAAGUAGCCUGCAUCUGAACAAAUUUCUCUCCAUGUAAGCUUAUAUUUCUUGGUUAGGUACAGCCUUCCCUGAGCUAAAUGCUGGCAUCCAAACCUCACAAGAGUGUAAACAGCAACAGUGAGGCAAACUCUAAACGUAUUUAUAUUGACAUGUUAUUUUUCAUCAAAGGUGCUGAGUGAUGCAUGGUGCUUUGAUAGUAAACUUUGUGAUCCAGCAAAAAAAGAUCAGCUGAAUUGCUGAAUUCUGACGUGCAUGGCAACUAUGUGCGGGCUUCACUCUUUUCCCUACAAAAUCCUUUCCUAAUUUGCACGGAAUUUUAUACCACAUUAUGUGCCUUGCCUUUGAGAAAAAAAUGUUUAAAAAAAUCCUUGGUAUCACUGCACAAUCUUUUGGCUGCAUGUAUGGUUGCUUGUCAUUAAAAAAAAAGUUGCCAUUGGUAAAAAUGUAAGGGUUUAUGAUUUUUGCUUCAUAGGACAUUGUAACAGCACUAAUUAUCAGUAUUCCAGUGAUUCUGUGGACUUUCGUAUAGAAUAUAUUCAUCUUGCGGUCAUGUAGGAACAUUGCUUUUGGACGUUAUUUGUCACUAAUACUUUAAUGGAAAGUGUUUCAUUUUUAAUUCUCCCUACUUGCGUCUUCCAGCUCCUUUUAUUUUGAAUCUUUGGAAAAUAUGCAAUACCAGUCUUGUCUAUCGUGAUAGAGCAUUUAGCUUGUUUAAUCAUUUUGAGUUAGCACACUUGAUAACUACAACAUCAUACUUUUCUAUUUUUUUUAAAUAUUAAUUUUGUUUUAAUUGACCAAAGUUGGUGCUGCUCUCUAUACAGAAAGAAAAAUAGGUCCUUCUCCUGUUAUAAGUAAUGCUUGAUGCAUGAUUAGGGAAGGCUGAAAAUGGGGGGAGGGGGGAAAUGUAUAUUUACAGUACAGCUGUGAAGCACCACACUGGCAACACAUUAUAAAAACAAGGUUAAUCUUGUUUUAUUUUCCUGUGUGUCCUGGUGGCUAAAGCAUUGGAUGCUAGAUUAUAAUUUCCUUAAUUAGAAUAAACUGGACAGGCUCCAUUUCGCAAAGUACAGUGGCAGCUGAUCAGGCAAUUGAUGUAAUAAAUCCACUGGGCCCAACAUUUUGACCCAGUGUGGUACAAGCCUCUAUAAGUUGUAAAUUGUCAAACUGUUUUCAAUCAAGUAAAUGUUUUUCUUGCAUGUUGUUUCGGGAGAUUUGGAUUUCAACAGUGCAUUAAUCUCUAAUUUUGAGUAAAGAUAGGAUUCCUUUGCGCUACUUUUUAAAAAAAAAUUGUUGACUCAAUUACAACUCUUGGUAUGCAGAACUUCUUUGUCCUUUGUACCAGAAUCUGGUUCGAAAAGGAAAUAGGUCACAUCAUUUCUAGAUAUGUGCACUAUUCAGCCAGGCCCUAAGUGCUUCACAGCCUACACUGUCAACUGGCCUGAACUUUAAGGGGAAGCUUCUAUUCUAGUCCGAAUAUGAAAAACCAUGAAUUAAAGUUGUACAUAAAGAAUCAACAAAUGAAUAACACAAAGCAAUAGUUGUGGGGUGUCAAUUUGGCAUGGUAGCAUUGUUCAACAAAAUUGCCACCUACACAAAGGUGGAAUGAUAAAAUGAUAACCAAGACAUAUAUAGCUCUGCUUUAAGACCCUACUAAUGUCUCCGAGCUUUAAUAAUUUGUGUUUAAUUGACACUUGGUAUGCUAACUGGGAUGCUGCACAAGGGGUACAAGAAAUAGGGGAAUGCCAGCAAGUUUGAUCCUUGUCACAUCCUUGUCUUGGACAUUAGCUGCCUUCUUUGCAGACUGUGUAAUUUGUAUGCUGUAUAGUUUUAUUAAGUAUGUUUUACUUAAUCAACCCUAUUUUAUAAGGCAAAGACUUUUGUAAUGAGAAAAGUACAAAAAAAGUUUCAUUACACUGGCUUAUUAAGAAUGUUCAGCAUUAUAUACCAUUUGUAGAGUAUUCUUCCUCCAUGGGAACUGGAUUUGAGUUAAACUCUCCUGUUACCCUUAUUGUAUUUAAAUACAGUAAUGUCCUCAUUUUUAUGGUUUUGCAUAUUCCUAUACUUUAAAAGUAUAGGCUUCUGGUGUAAAAGAGCCAUUGUAAAUGGAAAAAAUGCUUUAUUUUAUGAAGAGUAAUUAUGUCAAACUUGUAAGAAACACUUGGAAUUUUGAGAAGGAGUGUUGUCAUUGUAGUCUCUUUGACUGUUUUAAAGAAAAAAAGUCUGUAGACUUUCAAGUGCUAAACUGGUGGGAGUAGAACAGAUUAUGUGUACUCUUUGUAGGGCUAGGGAGCCCAACAAAUUGUUGUAUGCAAUGUACAGUAUUGUUUGUGCAAAGGACAAUGCAAUGCUGGUAGCUAGUUUAUUUUUAAGGCAGGACAGAAAACAUUGUUUACAUGUGUAUUCCAACCCUUGGCAAUGGCUGACUGCAUGCUCCGUGAAAUCCUUGUAUAUGAAUUCCUUUAGGGAAUUCUCUUCCAUCGUUCAGACUCUCAAGCAGGAUAGAAUGCUGCCACAGUCAAACAUGUGACUUAUUAUUAUUAUUCCUAAAGGGGUUCUGAGUUGGCUGAUAACUUUUGUUGGGAAAUGUAGGGUGAGCACUGUCACUAGUGCAGUUUUGCAGCCACAGUUAUAUGCAGUGCAGACAGUGAGGAGAUCUUUGUCCCUUUAAUUGAGGAAUUUUCAUGAUCCAUCCAACCUUUCUGCAUUUAAUAGAACCUUCUAAAUUUUACUGUCACCUCAUCAUUGUUUCUUAUCCUGUAACAUUCCAUUUUACAAUUGACUGACAGGCCACUUAAUUCAAUGCCCAUAAAACUCGUUCCACUUUCUCUUAAGCAGAAAGAAAUAUGUGUGUCCAUUCUCCAAGUCAUACUUCUAAAAUUUACAAUGACAGACAUUGAUAUUUUUUAGUCCUGCCAGUUUUGAAGUUUCAGUUUAUUUACCUGUCAGCUGGAAAAGCAAUUUUUUUUAAAUUGAAUGAAAUGUGUAAAAGCACAUUACUUUUACUUUCAAUGAAAUUCACUGAAUUUAUUAUCCCCCUGAUGUAUUUUUGGUGGAUCUGUAAAGCACUGCUAAAUAAUAUAAUUUUCAAUUAAAGUCCAAAAUACAGUCUUGUUCACUGUGAUUAAUAAUUUUUUUUCAAUGAAGUUUCUAACUAAAAUUUUCAUCAAGGGAAACCCCAAGAUUCUUAAAGUUUAACCUCCAAAAGAUACUAAUAAAUUCUGAGCUUUGUCAAACACUGGGUGUUAAAACAACCUGCUCUAACAAAGAGCACUGCUGAUCUAGGUGAUUGGUGUCCCCUAACAACUACUGUUUUGAUUUCACUGAUGUGAUGCUCUCAAGGAUAAAGUGGGUGUACGCAUCCAAACAGCUCAACUCACCAUUCAGUCUGCACAGUAAAGGUCUGCAAAACUUGUGCUGUAAGAUAGCAUGCACUAGAUGUCAAGACAUCCAAUCAGGAACUGACAAAAUUUAUUUCCCUUCUCAAACCCUGGACAAAUUUGCACUGUUCCACAUCUUUCACCUUUUCCGUUUCUGCAAUAACUCGAGGCAGGGACUGAAACGGAACAAGCUGCCAUUGACAUUGCCAUUAGUCACAGCGUUAGUAAAGCCAACACCAUUCUUAGGUCUACACCACAGAUAUAUUUUUUCUAAGGUUUUAUCUAACCCCCUGCAAAAUGUGCCAGUUGCUUCAGUUAGCCUGAAGGGAAUAUGCAAAUUCCAUCACAAUUUCCAUUUUUUUUCUGUUGUGCAGCUCCUUUGCAGCAAUGCGCAAUGACACACGUUAAGCAGCCAGAUUACAUUUUGUAGAAAGCAGUAGAUAUACUGGUAUUGUUGUUUCACAUACGCAGCUCAUCUAAACAUCUGUAACUGGGUCUCUGGAAAUCUCUUUGAAAGACAGUAAGUGAAAAGGAAACGCAUGAGUUCUCAAGGACAGCUAAAGAGACACCUGACUGACUGUCAUUAUAAAGGCAUUUUAGUCAGACUGUGCAAAACUCUGAAUUGCAAGAAAGUUUGUGAAUGUUCUUGUUGAUGUGCUAAUGCACAAAGCAUCUUUCAGGCUGAUUUGGAAAUUCAGUUUUCCAUCUCUGACAAUCAGGCUGAGAAAGCCUCAGCCUUGUUUACAUGGUAGGUGAAUGUUAAUUGGGUUCUGUGUGAUGUGGACUUUGCAGAGCCCAGUAUUCAUCCCUGUACAUUUUAAACUUUUAAGGUUACCUCCACCAAGAUAAUGUUAUUCCUAAAACCUGCUUUUAUUAACUGUACCCCUAUCUACAUUUUUUAGACAUUAAGAUUAUUAACUAUUGUUAGAUUAUUUUAUAUUUUACAAAAUCAAAUACUUUCCAGUGCUUAACUGAUUCAAACUCUGUACGCAUAAUGUCAGGAAUACAGUCCCAAAUUCUGGAUCUCUCUAAUUGGAAAGUUCAGUUCUCAGAGUCCAAAGCCCAAAACUAACUGUUGUUAGUGUGCGCUAAGCUCUGCAAAGGAGGAGGCCAGGAGAGUUAGGUAGGAAAAGAAGCACUGUAGUUCACUUGUGCUCCUAUACAACAAUGUACAGUUAAAAAAAAUGGGGAAGUCUGCCAGCCAGGAAUAAAAAUAAUUGAUCUAGCAUUGAUCCCAUUAAACUAAUGGAAACAGUUAAAUAUCCCAGCAAUGCAACAAAUGUCCUCGGAAUUCAAUGAUUAAAAAUUUCAUACAAAGCAAAUUGGUUAAUUCUUCUUUUUCACAACAUUGUGAACUGAAGAUAAUUUCACACCCAGGCCUUCUUUGAAAAUCAUUUUGUUAAACAUUGAAGAAUGUUGAUGAUAGGAUUUGCUCAGCACAAUUCAAGACUCCUGUACAAACAGCGUAUCAUCUUAUACUUAUUGAAUUCCUGGGUAACAUUUGUUUACUCUGUACCACAAGUUUGUCAGGCGAUUUCUUUUUAAAAAUUAGAAAGUUUUGAUUACAUUUAAUAAUUAAUACUGUUCCUUUAAAUUGUAUAUUGUAUUUCCAGUAUUCUAGAUCUGUUUGUUCUUGCAAUACAAUCUCGUGGAGGUGCAUGUUCGAAAGAUUAUUUCUGCACAGAAGCGUAUACACAAAUAUUAAUUAUUUCAAUAUUGUGAAGCUCAUUUUGAAGAAAUAAAAAUUCAGUCAGUGCACUAUCAUAAACCUAAGGUACAGCUACAACAUUUAAAAGACAUUUGGAUAAGUACAAGUGUAGGACAGGUUUGGAGGGAUAUGGGCCAAACACAGACAGGUGGGGCAGGUUUAGUUUAGGAACAUGGUUGGCAUGGCCUAGUUGAACCGAAGGGUCUGUUUCCAUGCUGUAUGACUCUAUGACUAUUGUAUUUUAUUGCAAGCCAGUAACCAAAGGAAAUAUGUUUCAAAGCCUUAAUCCAUCUACAGAACCCAAAUGAGGCAGCUCCAUGUAAGCAAGGUUAUGCUUCGCGUGCUUUGAUCCAUCUGCACUGAAUUUUACUGAAGAAAUAGCAGGAAAAUAGGCAAAAGAUCCAUCGAUGCAGCAUAUUUUCUGCAUAUAGCCCAUAGGGAGUAACCUGUUGAUUAGCAUGACAGCAGCAAAGAAGGAGGAAUAAAUUAAUCUUCCUCUUUUUUUUCUAAAUCUGAGCUUUGAUGCUGAUCAUAGUUGUAUAGAGGGCAAUGAUCUGAUAAGCAGUUGCAUUAUUCUCUGCAGUUGUUUCUAACAAUUUUAACAAGCCAGCAGAAAAGUACCAAAAACAUUUUUAAUAAAUGCAGUGCCUGAUAAUCGACUGCUGGAUUCAAUUUUGCUUUGCAAGACCUGGUUUUCACAGUUUGUCAUUUUUUUAAAGUCUUUGUUGCACAGGCUCUAUGACAAAUGUCCUUUGAACAUCACUGUUGUAAUUCCAUAUGUAUUACAUCGCACAUAUUCUGGGAAGAGAAUAUUUCUCUGAGAACACGUUGACACCGUGUUAUUUCUGAGGGUUUUUCAUUAUAUUUUAGAAUAUUACGGUAGUUACCACAGUAGUUAACCGCUUGCUUGCUGCACAGACAUACACACACUACACACCAGGACAAACUUGUGGCUCUUUAGUUGCUUGAAGCAAACUUCUGACAAAAUAAAACCUUUCAUAAUCACAGUUCUACUCCAACAACUAAAAAUAAUCAUUUAUUUUGAUUGUACUUGUCUUUUGAUUUUUAGCUAAUUAUGUAAAGGGACACUUGUACAAAGACUAGCAUCUUUCCUGCUGCUUUUGUACACAGAUGUACAGUAUAUACGUAACUAAAUCACCACUCGUUUUAAACUGGUGUGAACUCAGCUUGACAUUUGAUUAUAAUUGUAUUCAGCCAUUACUGUUAGCAGCUGCUCAUACUACAUACAAUUACUGGAAGUGAAUAUGUUUCCCUAUGCAAAAAAAGUUAAAAAAAAAUAAACAAGCUAUGCUACA